GCUACCACAAUUUCUGUUGCCAAAAUGAUAAUGGAAAAUAUAACCACGAUGAGUGGAUUCCUCCUCAUGGGAUUCUCUGACAACCGUGAGCUGCAGAUCUUACAGGCUUUGCUCUUCUUGGUGACAUACCUAGUCGGCUCAGCAGGGAACUGCAUCAUUAUCACCAUCACAACACUAGACCCACAGCUCAAGUCUCCAAUGUAUUACUUUCUGAAGCACCUUUCUAUUCUGGACCUCUCAUCACUCUCUGUCACAGUUCCCCAGUAUGUUGACAGUUCCCUGGCACGAAGUGGCUACAUUUCUUAUGAACAGUGCAUGCUGCAGAUUCUUUUCUUUACAUGUUUUGCCUGGGAUGAGAUGGCCAUUCUCACAGUGAUGUCAUAUGAUCGUUAUGUAGCUGUUUGCCUUCCUCUCCACUAUGAGGUCAUCAUGAGUCCCAGAAAGUGCACUUGGGCUUUGGCAGCUGUGUGGCUAAGUGGAGGUGUCUCAGGAACACUAUACACAGCAAGUACACUCUCUAUCAGAUUCUGUGGGGACAGAAUAAUCCACCAAUUCUUUUGUGAUGUCCCCCAGGUGCUCAAGCUCUCCUGCUCUAAUGAUUACCUUGUAACAAUUGGAGUUGCUAAUAUCCUGUCUGCAGUGGCCUUUGCUUGCUUCAUUGGGAUUGUCAUCUCCUAUGUCCACAUAUUCUCCACAGUUCUCAGGAUGCCCUCUGCUGAAAGCAGGUAUAAGGUCUUCUCUACUUGCCUGCCCCAUCUUUUUGUUGUCUCAUUGUUUCUUUCUACAAGCACCUUUGCAUAUCUAAACCCAACCGCAGACUCUCCAACUGCUUUAGAGUUCUUAUUUUCUAUCCUUUACACAGUACUACCUCCAACUAUCAAUCCUGUUAUUUACAGUUUGAGAAAUGAGACAAUAAAGAGGGUUGUAAGGAAGUUACUGUCGAGUACAAAAUUCACUGUUUAGAAUCAUUUUGCCCUGUUAAUACUGACUGUUCA